AUGUUGAAUCCGGUGCGAUCUAGAGGCAUUGCUCUUGCUUCAGCCCUUCGGGGUUCCAGAGUGGUGUCGAAUGGGCGGCCACUAAGAAACGUUCAAGGCGACCGUUCACAUCUUCUCUCGUCGCCUGCGAGAGGCUCCAGGCCAUGCACCGCUGGCGGUCAACGUUGCUUCACAUCAACGACUCCAGCUUCAGCCAAAAGCGGAGCCAAAGCGACAAGACCGCUUGAUGGAAUCACAGUCGUCAGCAUCGAACAAGCCAUCGCUGCGCCGUUCUGCACCAGACAGCUCGCCGACCUCGGCGCGCGUGUCAUCAAGGUUGAGAGACCCGGGGUGGGCGAUUUUGCACGAGACUACGACACGCGGGUCGACGGGCUCGCGUCCCAUUUCGUCUGGACGAACCGCUCCAAGGAGAGUCUGGCGCUGGAUCUCAAGAAACCCGGCGACUUGGACGUGUUGAAGAAACUUCUCCAAAAGACCGACGUGCUCGUGCAGAACCUCGCUCCUGGCGCGUCCGCGCGGCUGGGUCUCAGCUAUGAAUCUCUCAAAGAUACCCAUCCCGGCCUGAUCGUCUGCGACAUCUCCGGCUACGGCCAGGACGGGCCCUACGCGAAGAAAAAAGCAUACGACUUGCUCGUGCAGAGCGAGGGAGGGAUGCUCUCAGUCACGGGCACCAAGGACGAGCCCGCCAAGGUGGGCAUCUCCAUUGCCGACAUCUCGGCCGGAAUGUAUGCCUACAGCAACAUCCUGGCCGCGUUGAUGCAGCGGCAGAAGACCGGCAAGGGAAGCAAGAUUGACAUCUCUUUGCUCGAAAGUCUGGUGGAGUGGAUGAGCUUCCCGUUAUAUUACACUUACAAAGGCGCACCGGCGCCCACACCGACCGGCGCUUCCCAUGCAGCGAUAUACCCUUACGGGCCCUUCGAGACGGGCGAUGGCGGGUCAGUCAUGCUCGGGAUUCAGAACGAACGAGAGUUUGCAAAAUUCUGCGACAUCGUCUUGGGAAAUCCGGGUUUAGCGACCGACGCACGCUUCAUGAACAACUCGUUGCGUGUACAGAACAGAGACGAACUGCGAAGUAUCAUUUGUAAGGCCUUGGAGAAAUAUUCCGUGUCCGAAGCCGUCGCAAAGCUCGAUGAAGCCCAGAUUGCAAACGCAGCGGUGAACACGAUGCAGGGCGUUUGGGAGCAUCCCCAAUUGCAAGCCAGACGGCGGUGGACCGAGGUUGAGACGUCCAAGGGCAUGAUCCCUGCACUUUUGCCUCCCGGAUGCGUUCCCGAAGGUGAGGAUGUGGAGGGUUUACAUGCCAGGAUGGACAAAGUCCCAGAAGUCGGUGAGCAUAACGAAAAGAUAUUGAAAGAGUUGGGCUUGUAG